CUCGCGAAGGCCCCGGCUGCUGCCUUGCUCUCAGUCUUCAGCUCUCUCACAGACCCUGCUAGGUUCCGCCCCUCACCCUUACCUGGGUCCGCUGUGGCGAAGCCUUUUGCCGGGAGUAAGACAUGGCGCGGGAGGUCCGCGCGCUGUUGCUGCUCGGGGGCCGCCACCUACGGCCUCUGCUCGGGUCACGGGAGCCGGGGCUGCGGACGAUCGCCGGAGGAAGACUUUACCCAUGUCUGUGGAGAAAUGUUGAGCUUAUGAGCCCUGUGCGGAACCUGGCUGUUUGUAACAUCUAUGGUGGACAGAAAUAUAGUACCCAAGCAGCUGAGGAUAAAAAAGAGGAGCCGCUGCAUACUAUCAUCAGCAGUACAGAGACCGUUCAGGGUUCUAUCUCCAAACACGAGUUCCAGGCUGAGACAAAGAAGCUUUUGGAUAUUGUUGCUCGGUCCUUGUACUCAGAGAAGGAGGUAUUUAUACGAGAACUGAUCUCCAAUAGUAGUGAUGCCUUGGAAAAAUUGCGCCAUAAGUUGAUUUCAGAAGGUCAGACAUUGCCAGAAAUGGAGAUUCACUUGCAAACAGAUGCUGAAAAAGGCACCAUCACAAUCCAGGACACUGGCAUUGGCAUGACACAAGAGGAGCUGGUGUCCAACCUGGGAACCAUUGCUAGAUCAGGCUCAAAGGCAUUUCUGGACGCCCUGCAAAACCAGAGUGAGGCAAGCAGCAAGAUCAUUGGGCAGUUUGGAGUGGGCUUUUACUCUGCUUUCAUGGUAGCUGACAAGGUGGAAGUGUAUUCACAGUCAGCAGAGCCUAGGAGCCCCGCUUACCAGUGGCUCUCAGAUGGCUCUGGAGUAUUUGAAAUUGCAGAAGCUUCAGGUGUUAGAACUGGAACCAAAAUAAUCAUCCACCUCAAAUCAGACUGCAGAGAGUUUGCCAAUGAAGACCGAGUACGAGAUGUAGUAACAAAGUACAGUAACUUUGUUAGCUUUCCCCUUUACCUAAAUGGAAAACGCAUCAAUACUUUACAGGCACUUUGGAUGAUGGACUCUAAAGACAUUAGCGAAUGGCAGCAUGAGGAAUUCUACCGCUACAUUGCCCAAGCUUAUGAUAAACCCCGUUAUACCCUCCACUACAAGACGGAUGCACCACUUAACAUACGGAGUAUUUUCUAUGUGCCAGAAACAAAGCCGUCCAUGUUUGAUGUCAGCCGGGAACUGGGCUCCAGCGUUGCCCUCUAUAGCCGCAAAGUUCUGAUCCAGACCAAAGCUUCUGACAUCCUACCCAAGUGGCUGCGCUUCCUGCGAGGUGUUGUGGACAGUGAGGAUAUUCCCCUGAAUCUCAGCCGGGAGCUUCUUCAAGAAAGUGCCCUUAUCCGAAAACUCAGAGAUGUUUUACAACAGAGACUGAUAAAAUUUUUCAUUGACCAGAGCAAAAAAGACCCUGAGAAGUAUGCCAAGUUCUUUGAAGAUUAUGGGUUGUUUAUGAGGGAGGGAAUUGUCACUAUUGCUGAGCAGGAAGUCAAGGAGGAUAUUGCAAAGCUCUUGCGUUAUGAAUCAUCAGCUCUGCCCCCUGGCCAGUUGACCAGCCUUGUGGAAUAUGCCAGUCGAAUGCAGGCUGGUACCAGAAACAUCUACUACCUGUGUGCCCCUAACCGACACCUGGCUGAAAACUCACCGUACUAUGAGGCCAUGAAGCAGAAAAAUAUGGAGGUGCUCUACUGCUAUGAGCAGUUUGAUGAAUUGACUUUAUUGCAUCUCCGAGAGUUUGACAAGAAGAAGCUGAUUUCUGUGGAAACUGAUAUUGUUGUUGAUCACUACAAAGAGGAAAAGUUUGAGGAAGGUUCUCAAGCUACUGAACGUCUUUCUGAGAAAGAGGCAGAGGAUCUAACAGCCUGGAUAAGAAAUGCUCUGGGUACUCGGGUAACCAAUGUCAAGGUGACUCUUCGUCUGGACACCCACCCUGCCAUGAUCACUGUGUUGGAGAUGGGGGCUGCCAGGCAUUUCCUGCGCAUGCAGCAGUUGGCCAAAACCAAUGAGGAACGUGCCCAGAUUCUACAGCCCACCCUUGAAAUCAAUACCAGGCAUCCUCUGAUCAGGAAGCUGAAUCAGUUGCGGGAGAGUCAACCAGACCUGGCCCAGUUACUGAUUGAUCAGAUAUAUGAGAAUGCCAUGAUAGCAGCAGGACUGAAUGAUGACCCUAGACCAAUGGUGGGCCGUUUGAAUGAACUUCUCACCAAAGCUCUUGAAAAACACUGACUGCAGCUGUAUUCAAAGGACAGAAAUCUCUGGCAAAUUUUAACAGUCCUUUAAGGGAUUGAAUUCAUUUUGAAUUUAUGGGGCAUCAGAGGAUGUACUCUUAUUGUAGAGGGAGUGAAGAAUGGAAAUCUGUACAAUUCAUAGUCCCUCUGAUCUUCUGUAGUAAAAAGUAACAAGAAAUCUUCCUAUUACGCAAAAGGAAACUUGAACUGUGAAGGACCAGCUUAUACAAAGGGAAAUAUCAGAGAUAUAAACCUUUUGUCUUAUUCAAAGAAAUUAAAGUGUUUUUUAAAACCUC